AUGUCCACACCGAGAAGACUGUCUAGUGCCUUCACCCCGCUGACUGCCAUCCAAGAAGUAACGGAAUCGAAUACCAUGGCUGAUGGGGUUCUUUCGAUAAAGCUAGCGAUUCACGACGGCAACUUGGGAGAAGGAUCUCUUUAUCGAUUAAAAAAAAAUUCACUUGUUCACGUGCAUCCAGGAGCCUCAUUGCUGGGUCGUCGUGUGGCCUUAUACUGCAACUACCCAGCUGAUGAUAAGGAGUUCGAUCGAAAAAGCUACAAACGACUGGAAUGGUGUUCAGCCACGGGAUCGCCGUUGGAACCGACAACGAGCGGAUCCGAUUACAUCACGAUCAAGGACGUGGAUUAUUACUGCAAUGUUCAUGUGUCCAAAACGGGAGCCUACCACUUUUACGCGCUUUACGAAGAGUGCCCAGAAGCCGGCCCUCAAGCGGGUUUGUACGUACAGAUAGAGCCUCAGAUUAAGGUCGGAAAGGGUGAUUCAGCUACUACACUGCCGUUAGAUGCCAUACGAUGUCAAACCUUGAUAUCGAAGCUGCUUGGGCCGUUGGAUACGUGGAAUGCUAAGUUAUGUGUGGCCAAAGAAUCCGGUUACAAUAUGGUGCAUUUCACACCGAUUCAAGAGCUGGGAGGAUCGCGCUCAGCGUACUCGCUGCGUAACCAGUUGAAAGUGAACCCGGAUUUCCGAAACAAAGAUGGCAAGGAAGUGUCUUAUGAUGAUGUGUCAUCGAUUGUGCAGAAUAUGCGUGAAGAGUGGAACGUAACAUCGAUUUGCGACAUCGUGCUGAAUCACACGGCCAAUGAGUCAAUCUGGAUUCGUGAGUAUCCGGAAUGCAGUUAUAAUUGCUUUACUUGUCCCCAUUUACGACCGGCAUUCCUGUUUGAUGCUCUGCUGGCGCGCGUUGGCGAGGACGUGAAGGACGGCAUGCUAGCACAUGUGGGCGUCCCGGAAGUGGUCGAAACGGAGGACCACCUGCAAGCAAUACGUUGGCAGAUUCACUCCAACUACCUGCCGCAAAUAAAGCUGUACGAGCUUUAUCAGUGCGACGUGAACAAGUACGUGUCACGCUUCAACGAUGAGUGUAGCAAGCGUAGUCCCAAUCCAACCCAAGAUAUUCCCGACGGCAGUAUAAAGCUUCGUGCAGAUCCCGAGUACCGCCGGCUCGGGGCGGUGAUCGACUUCGAUCGUGCGAUGAGCUUAUAUAACGUGUUCCGGCAGGAUUGCUUUGACGAGGACAGUCGUAAGCGCAAGUGCGCCGAGGCUUUUCGCGCUCGGUUGCAGCACCUGAACGAAGCGGUUAGGCAGGAGAUUCAGGAGCAUCUCGACUAUGCCGUCGAUAACUGUCUCGCAGGUACCCGUUACGAACGAGUCCAGGAGGAUGGACCGCGUGUGAAGGGAAUUUCGUUGAAGUACCCGUUGUUUAUGAAAUACUUCACUCACUACGGAACGCAGGGCAAGUCUCUGAAGGACAUCGAAAGCAUGAUGUACGAGGGCGCGGGGAAACUGUUCAUGGCCCACAAUGGAUGGGUAAUGAAUGGUGAUCCACUGAACGACUUCGCUCGGCCGCAAUCGGGAACCGGGAAUGUAUAUCUGCGUCGCGAACUAAUCGCCUGGGGAGACAGCGUGAAACUACGGUAUGGUGAUAAACCCGAAGAUAGUCCGUACCUGUGGAAGCACAUGCAGGAGUACGUCGAUACUACUGCCCGCAUCUUCGAUGGAGUGCGCCUGGAUAAUUGUCAUUCGACACCGUUACACGUGGCAGAGUAUCUGUUGGAUUCGGCGCGCAAGGUCAAUCCGGAGCUGUACGUAGCCGCAGAGCUAUUCACAAACUCCGACCACACGGAUAACAUUUUUGUCAAUCGUCUUGGCAUUACGUCACUCAUUCGAGAGGCGCUCUCUGCUUGGGAUUCGCACGAGCAAGGUCGGCUAGUGUAUCGCUAUGGCGGUGCACCAGUCGGUGCAUUCUUCCCGUGCCCAAAGCGCAUCCUGGCGCCGGGCAUUGCGCACGCCCUGUUCAUGGACCUUACGCACGACAAUCCGUCGCCGGUGGAGAAACGAUCGAUCUUCGAUCUGAUUCCAUCGGCGGCCCUCGUGUCGAUGGCAUGUUGUGCAACGGGCAGCAAUCGCGGCUAUGACGAGUUCGUUCCGCAUCACGUUCACGUGGUGGAUGAGGAGCGGCAGUAUCAGGAAUGGGGCCAGCAUGUGGACAAGAGCACCGGUUUGAUAGCGGUGAAGGAGGCUUUGAAUGUGCUUCAUGGAGGAUUGGCCAAUCGUGGCUUCGACCAGCUGUUUGUCGACCAGAUGCAUUCGGAUAUUGUUGCCGUUACGCGUCAUUCGCUCUCUAACCACGAAACCGUGAUACUUGUGGCUCAUACUGCCUUUAACUAUCCAAAUCCUUGGGCUGGGCCGACCGGUGUGCGGCCGUUGGAGUUCGAGGGUGAAUUCAAAGAAAUUAUUUUAGAGGUGCAAAUUUACAAGAAAACAGGACAAACGUUUGAUCGGCCCACGGACUUUGCAAAGCAUGUCGACUACAUCAAUGGAGUUAACGAGUAUGUGGUGGAUUUGAAGCGUAAUCUGCGGCUGGAAGAGUCCGACAUAUUUGGCAAGGAGGCGGUUAUAAAGGGCAACGUUACGCAGCUGCACUUUGCAAAUUUGAAACCCGGUUCUGUUGUGGCGGUGCGCGUUGCACUGAAGGAUAGCGUACGAUCGCACUUCGAUAAUGUGCAAUCAUUAGUUCGCGAGUUCCAUCAGGACAAAGGCUCGCGAUACGCUGAACUACAGCAUAUCCUGUCUAAACUCGAUUUCGUAGACUUCAAUAAGCUGCUUUACUGCUGUGCUGAAGAAGAACGCGACAAUGGUGGCGGACCCUACAAUAUCGAAGGCUACGGAGAUCUCGUGUACUGCGGUCUGCAAGGUGUCAUAUCAAUUUUGUCCGAUAUUGGACCAAACAAUGACCUUGGCCACCCACUGGCCAACAAUUUACGCAAUGGAAACUGGUUGAUCGAUUACUGUUCACAGCGCCUGCACAAAUACGAGAAUCUUGUGCCGAUGGCCAAGUGGCUGGAGAGCAAUUUGAAAUCGUUGAAAGAGAUUCCCCGUUACAUGAUACCGAGCUAUUUCGACGUGAUCAUCACGAAUGUGCAUCGAUUAGCGGUGUCGGCUGCGUGUAAUUUGAUGUCGGACUUUAUCCGCCAUGGCUCGAAUUUCGGCCGCAGGCUUGCGCUGGGAUCGGUGCAGUGCGUAAGCGUGUGUCCUUCGGCAAAUCUUCCAAAGCUGAGUCCAAACGUGAACGAUCCAAAGCCACCGAGUCAUUGCGCUACGAUGGCGGCUGGUUUGCCGCACUUUGCGACGGGUUACAUGCGCUGUUGGGGUCGGGAUACCUUCAUUGCGAUCCGGGGAUUAACGCUGCUUACUGGGCGGUAUGAUGAAACGCGCUACAUGAUUCUCGGUUUCGGUGGCUGCCUGCGACAUGGGUUGAUUCCGAAUCUGCUCGAUGGGGGUCAGAACGCUCGGUUCAAUUGCCGAGAUGCAGUGUGGUGGUGGCUGUAUACGAUCAAGCAGUACGUUGAGGAGGUUCCAAACGGUAAAAGCAUCUUGCAGGAUAAAGUGUCGCGUAUCUACCCAACGGAUGACUCAGAAGCAAAGUCUGCUGGUGAAUGCGACCAAAUGCUAUAUCAAACGAUUCAGGAAGCUCUGACGAUACACUUCCAAGGGUUAUCCUAUCGUGAGCGUAACGCUGGAACGCGUAUCGAUGCGCAUAUGAAAGACAAGGGUUUCAACAAUCGCAUCGGUGUGAACCCUGACACGGGCUUCGUGUUUGGCGGAAACAACGCAAACUGUGGUACAUGGAUGGAUAAGAUGGGAUCCUCGGAUAAGUCUGGUAACCGUGGUAUUCCUUCAACCCCACGCGAUGGAUCAGCGGUAGAGUUGGUCGGUUUGCAGAUGGCCGGUUUGCGGUUUAUGCAGCAAAUGUCCGAACAGAAGGUCAUCCCAGUUUCAUCAGUCGAGCGCACGUCGUACAACGGAACCAAAACCGUAUGGACGUACAAAGAAUGGGCUAACCGAAUUGCGGCAAACUUCGAGAAAGAGUUCUAUGUAGACGACUCGACUGAGAGCUCGUACAUUAACAAACGAGGCAUCUACAAGGACACGGUAGGAUCGGAGAUUCCGUGGACUGACUAUCAGCUCCGGUGCAACUUUCCGAUCGCAUUGCUAGCUGCCCCGGAAUUGGCCGAUCCCAAACAUGCCUGGCGUGCUCUCGAGAAUGCUAAGAAGUACUUGCUUGGACCAUUGGGCAUGAAGACAUUGGACUUUGAAGACUGGGGCUAUCGCGGUAACUACGAUAAUUCCAUCGAUAACGAUGAUAAAACCGUCGCCCAUGGCGCGAACUACCACAACGGUCCAGAGUGGGUAUGGCCUAUUGGGUUUUACCUGCGGGCGCGGUUGAUUUUCGCUAAAGCGAACGGCGUGCUCAAGCAGACCGUGGCCGAAACUUGGAAGAUCUUGCAGACUCAUCUGAACGAGCUACAACGCUGCCAUUGGCGUGGAUUGGCCGAGUUGACAAACGAGAACGGCGCGUUUUGUAACGACUCUUGUCGAACGCAGGCGUGGAGCAUGGGCUGCGUGUUGGAAGUUUUGUAUGACUUGGAGAAGUACGAAAAAGAGCUUUAAUUGUGCUUCUCGCUAGGGUUACGCUGCCUCCUAGAGCCAUAGUUACAAUUGAGAUUGUUUUUGUUUGCACUUUUAUUUUAUUGUUGUUGACCGGAUACCGGUGUUCAUUAUUUAGCGCAACGAAUAUGUUAUGCAUGGAGAGGUUCUUAGAACUGCUAUUGAAAUAAAGAUGAAAUACUCAACGGGUUUCGCCCAGUGCAC